GGACACAGCAGGGUUAAGGAUUAGCUCACCACACCCUCUUACUGACAACGGGUGGUGUGAAAAGCAGAUUGUCCAAUGGAGCAUCACCCCGGGAGAAGGGUAGAACUGCAAAGGAGAUGACAGAAGACUGGCUGUCUCCUACCUCUUCCUAAGCUCACAGCACCUUUGGUACACUGAGCUACACAGGAUCCCUUAACCUGGCCCAGGGUGUGCAGUCCAGGCUGGGCUCUGUGGCUUCUGCAAGAGAGAGCAUGGCUGGGCAGCGGGUGCUGCUUCUGGUGGGCUUCCUUCUCCCUGGGAUCCUGCUCUCAGAGGCUGCCAAAAUCCUGACAGUGUCUACCAUAGGUGGAAGCCAUUACCUAGUGAUGGACCGGGUCUCUGAGAUUCUUCAAGAUCAUGGUCAUCAUGUCACCAUGCUUCGUCAGGGAGGAAGUUCUAUUAUACCAGAUUUUAAAGAGGAAGAAAAAUCAUACCAAGUUAUCAGUUGGCUUAUGCCAGAAGACUAUCAAAAGGAAUUUAAUAAGUUUUUAAGUUUUUAUGUGACAGAAGCAUUCAAUUACAGGGAAACAUUUCAAACCUUUUUAAAGAUAAUGGAAGAACUGGGAUUUCAGUGCAGUCAUUUGUUAAGCAAAACGGAGAUCAUGGAUUCCUUAAAGAAUGAGAACUUCGACCUGGUGAUAGUUGAAAGUUUUGACUAUUGUCAUUUUCUGAUCGCUGAGAAGCUUGGCAAGCCAUUUGUGUCCAUUCUUACCACCUCAUUUGGCAGAUUGGACUUCGGGCUCCCAAGCCCCUUGUCUUAUGUUCCAGUAUACAAUUCCUUGUUAACUGACCACAUGGACUUCUGGGGCCGAGUGAAGAACUUUCUGGCUUUCUUUACUUUCUCCAGGAGGCAAUGGCAAGUUCAGUCUAUGUAUGACAACACCAUCAGGGAGCAUUUCCCAGAAGGCUCGAGGCCAGUUCUGUCUCAACUCCUACUGAAAGCAGAGCUGUGGUUUGUUAACUCUGACUUUGCCUUUGACUUUGCCCGGCCCCUACUUCCCAACACCGUUUAUGUUGGAGGCUUAAUGGCCAAACCCACUAAACCAGUACCACAAGUAAGUACUCCCUUAGCACUAAUUUGGAUUUCAUGCCAAGGCCUUCAGUACAUGGUUGUUGGCUGCCCUGUGCCAGCCAGAUCCUGAGACUGAAGCAGAGCCAGGUGAGGGAGGUCCCUAGGGCCUGCUGUGUGAGGAGGGUCUCCCCUUCAGGGCUGUGCUAGUACAGUGCUAGGCCCUGCAUGCUCCUGAGAUUGAGGCCUGCUCCUGUGGACUCCUCUGGCUGCCGUCUUGCCUCACCCUGGUCUUGGGCUUGGUAUGAUAAGUACUUUAUGACAGCUAUUCUUUUCAUUUGCACUUUGCAUGACCAUGUGUACAAUAAAUAUGUAGUGAAUGCCCAUUGCAUGCAAUAGUAUUUAGGGAAAUGUCUUACUUACUGACAGUGGUGUGAGACAGGGAAUAAGUGCGGUGGGACUGUGUGGGACUGACUGACAGCCAGAAUGGCAGGUGUCAUACCCAAUAUCCCUUGAAACUGAAGUUGUCAUCCCAUUGUCCCCUCCCUGUAGAGCCCUGACUCUUGGCUCUGCCAAGACAUUGUGAUAUGAUUUCUCUGAGGUGGACUCAGGACACUGUAAUUGUACUUUGGUCAUCUGAAUAGGAGUUUGUUUAGGAGCCACUGCUGUGGAAAGUUAUAGAAAUGAGGACAGCUAUGAUUAGUUGGCUGCCUGCUGCCGGUCAGCACUGAGUUGCCAUUUUUAAGCAGUUAUCAUGUACAAAAUCCUGCUCCUGUAGGUGUGAUCUUCCCCAAUUUUAUAAAUGAAGAAAGAUGGAGGCUCAAGGGAUAUAAGUGAUAUUCCCAGCACCAUGCAUUCAAUAGGCCCUGAGGGUCUGCGCUGGAUCUUGAAGUCACCAAAGUGUCCACCCUCCUCCCCUGGCCUGGAAUUGAGUGAGCAGGAGGAGCUGCAGGUGAUCCAUGGGGAGAUGGGCUUCGCAUUGGUGGCAGGAACUUAAAGGAAUGAAGCUGGGAGGGAGGCCCAGGCAGGUAGAGCUGGGCCCACGUGAGGAGGAGGAAGUGGGAAGGCAAUGAGUCUGGGCUCCCUCGGCAGUCUGGGUGAGCAGAUUAUUGCAUGAAUAAAACCAAGGGGGAUUGAGUGGAGUGUUAGCUGUCAGGAGGGUGAGGCAGCCCAUUGACUAUAGAGUAAAGGCUGGAAUUUCUGUGAGGAUAAUAAUGGCAGUGAGGGUUGGAAUAUGUGUGAGACACACAUGCUUUUUAAAAAAAAUUUUUCCCAUCUUAGGUUUAAGUCUGUUAUCCAGCAUGAGUUGGUUUUUGUGAGA